CGGUUGCGCUGUACCCAUGUGGGUUCAAUGUUGACUUGCUGCUGUAGAAAGUUGAGGAGUUAACUCUAUACAGUUAUCGUUUACGUUGAAAUUGUGUUUGUCGCCUUUCACCAUGUCUUCGCCUUUUUUUGUAAAGGCGAAACAAAAUCCUAAAUUAGCCAAAAAGGGGAAUAAUACGCUAAAACGAAAGGCUGAUGGAAACUCUGGCGGAAAGAGCAAACUCCGAGCCAAGAAACCCAACUCCAAACACAACGAAGAGAUUUCCAGCGACUCUGAAACAGAGAGCCCUGUAGUGCCCAGGAAGAGACAGUCCAAUGAGGAGAUUGACUAUGAGGAAACACCACAGGAGAAGAAACUUAGAUUAGCCAAACUUUACCUCGAACAGCUAAGGGAAGAAGAGGAGGACAAAGCAGAAAAAGACAACUUUGAGACGGAGCUGAUUGCUGGAAGACUUCAAGAAGAAGUGCUUGAACAGAAAGGAAAGCUUCAGCGACUUAUUGCCAAAGAUCUCAUUCCACCAGAUGCUUCAGAGAUCAGGGUAUUAAGAGGACACAAACUUCCAAUUACCUGUCUAGUCAUCAGCUGUGAUGACAAGUACAUCUUUUCUGCUGCCAAAGACUGCUCCAUCAUGAAAUGGGAUGUUGAGAGCGGCAAGAAACUGCACACAAUACCUGGUGGAAGGAAAGGUACAGAGGAUCGGCAUGUCGGACACACAGCCCAUAUCCUGUGUUUGGCUAUAUCAUCAGAUGGAAAAUACUUGGCCUCUGGAGACAUGAACAAACUGAUCAUGAUCUGGGAGGCAGAGACAUGUAAACAUCUGUAUAAAUUCACAGGACACAAAGGCCCUGUGUCGGGUCUGUCAUUCAGGAAGGGAACUCAUGAUCUGUACAGCGCCUCUCACGAUCGCUCAGUAAAGGUGUGGAACGUGGACGAGAAUGCAUAUGUGGAAACUCUCUUCGGGCACCAGGACGCCAUCACAGGGCUGGACAGCCUGAGCCGCGAGCGCUGCGUGACAGCAGGAGGAAGGGACCGCUCAGUGAGGGUGUGGAAGAUAGCCGAGGAAUCUCAGCUGGUGUUUCACGGUCACGAAGGCUCCAUUGAUUGUAUCCAGCUAAUAAAUGAGGAGCACAUGAUAACAGGAGCUGAUGAUGGCUCCGUGUCUCUGUGGAGUGUCAACAAGAAGAAGCCUCUCAGCACAGUGAAGCAGGCUCACGGUUGCCAUGGUGACGCGGGGCUGGAGCAGCCUCACUGGGUCGCUUCAGUAGCGGCGCUUCAGAACUCGGAUACUGUCGCCUCAGGUGCUUCUGGCUGUUCGCACAACUCUCAGGUGCAGCUGUGGAAGUGUGGCCAGAAUUACCGUGGGCUGCAGCCGCUAUUCAGUGUACCAGUGCCCGGGUUCGUCAACAGUCUGAAGUUUUCGAGCUCUGGUCAGUUCUUGGUGGCAGGAGUUGGACAGGAGCACAGGUUGGGCCGAUGGUGGAGACUAAAAGAUGCCAAGAACGGGAUCUAUAUUAUUCCUCUCAAAAGGAAACCUCCAAAUUCAGAGGAAGCCAGCAGGACUGAAUAGUGAACUGUUAAGUGUCCUUUGUUUUGUACAUUAAAGGUUUUAUAACUGCC